AAGUUCUAAAUUAAACAAUUCGCUGCGAGCGAAAGUGUUAAUUCCAUUUAAAAGUGAUGAUCAUACAAAAAAUCAUAAAAACAAUAAAAAUAACAACAACAACAAAAAUAACUGUUAACAACAACAGGAAGUCACCGCCUAAGAACCAAAGCAAAGACAAUUGGCAUACGAAGAUUUUUAUUUGUUUUUCUGUUUGCCUGCGAAAAUUUAAACACAUUUACUAAAAACGCCGCUAAACUGUUGGAUGCCGUUGUUAAAUAUUAUUACAUGGUCAAAUUUAUAUAGAACAAUACAUGCUUUGUCUCUUCUGGCAUGGAGACAACGCGGCCGCUGCGCAGAGCGUGUGGCAUAUGUGUAUAAAUGAGCUUGGAUGGUCAGUGGACAGCAACAGUCGAGUUCUACACAUCGGUUGCAUAACUAGAAGCGCAAGAAAGGAUUACAUAAUUAGUAAAGACAAGAUGAAGACAUUUGUUGUUAUAUUUGCACUCAUCGCACUUAUCGUGCCUGGUCAGGCGACUUUCGGUAAAUUGGCGCUGCUUUCGAGCUUAAGUGGUGGAGUUGGCGGCGGUAGCUACGGUCCUGGUUAUGGUGGCGGUUACGGCAGUGGUUACGGUGGCAGCUAUGGUUAUGGCGGUGGCUAUAAUGGUGGUUAUGGAGGUUACGGCAUUACACCUUACAGUCGCGAAAAUGUCGUCAAAGUGAUAAAGGUGUCUGUGGUGCCCGGUGGCAGCUACGGUAGUGGGUACAAUGCUGGUGGUUACAGCGCUGGUGGUUAUGGUGGUUAUGGUUAUGGCGGUGGCGUUUACAACGGUGGUUAUGCAAGUGGCGGUGUUGCCUAUCCUACAGUGGCCACUUCGGCGGUGGUUACACCUGUUGUGACUGCUGUGGCAACGCCGGUUCCAGCUCCUAUCUCAUAUGGUGCCACCUACGGCAACGGUUAUGGCUAUGGUGGCGGUGUUGGUCUAGGAUACGCUGGAGUUGUUGGUGGUGGUGCAAUUGGCGGUGGCAGUAUUGGUGGUUUGGGGCCUCUAGGUCCAGAUGGCUGGUGCUAAGACGAACUGUGGCUGUGUUCUUGAUGGCAACGAUGAAUCGACGAGGCAUAUUUUAUGUUGAAGAAUU